AUGGCACCUGUUACAAUUUAUUGGAGUGAACGAUCACCAGUUUCGAGAGUUGUUGUAUUUCUAGCUCAUUAUUUAAAGAUUGAAGCUGAGUACAAAAAACUCGACCUGGAAGCUAAAGACCAACUUCAAGAUUGGUUUUUGAAAAUUAAUCCGCAACACACUGUUCCAGUACUUGUUGAUGGGGACCUCAUCUUGACCCAAUCUCGUGCUAUUUUAACUUAUUUAGCAUCCAAAAACUCGGCAGGAUCAGUAUUGUAUCCAUCCUGCCCGAAAAAACGAGCAAUAAUUGAUUGUCGUUUGUAUUUUGAUGCCACAGUAUUGGCAGCGCGAUCAAGCUACCUUGGACGACUCAUUCAAGUCAAAGGAGUUCAAGAAGUCACUCCUGAGGAUAGACAAUUCAUUCUCGAUGGCUACAACUACUUGAAUGACUUUUUAAAAGGCAAUAAAUGGGUUACCGGUGAUCAAUUAACUGUAGCUGACUUUGCAUUAUUUGGAUCAGUGUCAAUUUUUUAUUACUUGAAAGGAACAUUGGAGCAAUACACCGAGAUCCAACGUUGGUAUAAGCAAUUCGAAAGCUUCGAAGGCUACGAUAAAUUUUUACCUGGAGCUCAAGGACUUGCCCAAUACAUCAACGCCAAGCUUCCAAAUGGUUUUUAA